AUGGCAAAAUCUAGUGCGAAAGCAAGAGACUUUUUUGGAUAUGUGCAAAAAGUUUAUACUUUGUUUUCAGGUUCACCACAACGGUGGGAUAUUCUUAGAGCAUAUGUGAAGGGUUUGACACCAAAGGCAUUGUCAGUUACUCGUUGGGAAAGUAAUGUUGAGAGUGUUAGAGCAAUAAGAAAUCAAGCACCGGAAUUAAGAGAUGCAUUGAUCGAAAUUGUCAAUGUUUCUAAAGAAGAUAUUGUGUUUUCAGAAGCUAAAGGCUUGUGCAAGAAUGCUUUAGAGGAUUUUGAGUUCUUGAUUAGCUUAUGUAUUUGGCACAAAAUCUUAGACAAAGUUAAUCAAGUUAGCAAAAUUCUUCAACAAGAAAAGAUGGAUUUUGAAGAUGCAAUUACAAGGAUAAAAGAGUUGAUUUUAUUCUUUGAAGAGCUUAGAGAAGAUAGUUUUGAAAACUUGAUGAAGGAAGCCAAAGAACUUGCUCAUAAUGUUGAUCAAGCUCUUGCAUUACUUAAAAACCGGUUUAAGCAAUUUGAACUUUAUGACUCAAUCUUUGGAUUUUUGUUUAACGCGAAAUUCAAGAGUGUUAGUGAAGAGCAAUUGAUGGAGCAUUGCACUAAACUAGAAAGUUUCUUGGAAUACAAACAACGUGGUGAUAUUUAUGGGAAGGAGUUAUUCCAAGAACUUAGACAUUUGAAAACAAUAUUGCCAAGAGAAGUAACAAAAUCGAUCGACAUACUUGAUUUUAUAAAGUCUUAUUGGAAAGAUGGCGGUUUCCAAAUAGUUUGGGUUGCUUAUCGAAUUUUGUUGACUAUUCCGGUCACAGUUGCUUUGGCGGAGAGGAGCUUUUCGAAGUUGAAAUUGAUAAAAACAUAUCUUCGGACUACCAUGUCCAUGUCACAGGAGAGAUUAAGUGGAUUGGCUAUGAUCUCAAUUGAAAAUGAGUACUUUGAUAAGAUUCAUUUUUGA